AUGAAUAGUUUCACCAUUACCUUCCUACUGUUCGUAAAUUUGACUGUGAUAGACUCUCUCAGCCCUGAGGAUGUAGAAAUCAAGUGCCCUUUGAAUCACAUUACUUGCCUGGGAUCCAACAGAUGUGUCCACUUAUCACAAUUAUGCAAUGGUGUCAUGGACUGCUCAGAUGGGUCUGAUGAAGGAGUACACUGUCGGGAAUUGUUACUCAAUUGCCAGAAGUUGAAUUGUCAGUAUAAAUGUGCAAUAUUCAGAAAUAGAACAGAAUGCUACUGUGAAGAUGGAUUUGAAAAAGAAGAUGGAAGAACCUGUAAAGAUCAAGAUGAAUGCACUCAUAAGGGACGUGCCAGCCAGACCUGCAUAAAUACAUAUGGACCCUAUGCUUGCAGUUGUGUGGAGGGUUACAUAAUUCAGUCAGAUAACAGAUCUUGCAAGGCCAAAAAUGAACCGACAGAUCUACCACCUAUACUGGCAAUCGCAAAUUCUGAAACAAUUGAACUUUUUUAUCUUAAUGGAAGUAAAAUGACAACACUGAGCACAGUCAAUGGAAAUGAAAUACAUACUCUGGAUUUUAUUUACAGUGAAGAUAUGAUUUGUUGGAUUGAAUCAAAAGAAUCUUCAAAUCAGCUCAAGUGUAUCCAGAUCACAAAAACAGGAAGGUUAGCAGAUGAAUGGACAAUCAAUACACUUCAGUCCUUCCAUAAUGUGCAACAAAUGGCUAUUGAUUGGUUGACCAGAAAUUUAUAUUUUGUGGACCACGUCAGUGAUCGGAUCUUUGUUUGUAAUUACAAUGGGUCAGUUUGUGUUACUCUCAUUGACCUGGAGCUACACAAUCCAAAGGCAAUAGCAAUAGAUCCAAUUGCAGGAAAACUUUUCUUUACUGACUACGGGAAUGUGGCCAAAGUGGAAAGAUGUGACAUGGAUGGAAUGAACAGAACAAAUAUAAUUGAUUCAAAGACAGAGCAACCAGCUGCACUGGCACUAGAUUUAGUCAACAAAUUAGUUUACUGGGUAGACCUUUACUUGGAUUACAUUGAAGUAGUGGACUAUCAAGGCAAAAACAGACAUACUGUCAUUCAAGGCAGACAAGUCAGACAUCUUUAUGCUAUAACUAUUUUUGAAGAUUAUUUGUAUGCAACAAAUACUGAUAACUCUAAUAUUAUGAAGAUAAACCGUUUUAAUAGCACUGAUGUUCAUUCAUUUAUUAAAAUGGAAAAUCCCCAAGGAAUUCGAAUCUAUCAAAAAAGAAUUCAACCAACAGUCAGAAGCCAUGCAUGUGAAAUGGAUCCAUAUGGAAUGCCAGGGGGAUGUUCACACAUCUGUCUGCUCAGCAGCAGCUACAAAACACGGACUUGUCGCUGCAGGACCGGUUUCAACCUGGGAAGUGAUGGCAGAUCAUGCAAAAGACCCAAGAAUGAGCUGUUCCUUUUUUAUGGGAAAGGACGCCCAGGAAUUGUUAGAGGAAUGGAUUUAAAUACCAAGAUAGCUGAUGAAUACAUGAUCCCUAUAGAAAAUCUAGUAAACCCCCGUGCCUUAGAUUUUCAUGCAGAAACCAAUUAUAUCUACUUUGCUGACACUACCAGUUUCCUAAUUGGCCGGCAGAAGAUAGAUGGCACAGAGAGAGAAACCAUCCUGAAAGAUGAUCUGGAUAAUGUGGAGGGAAUAGCAGUGGACUGGAUUGGAAACAAUCUUUACUGGACAAAUGAUGGGCAUAGAAAAACUAUUAAUGUGGCAAGGCUGGAGAAGGCUUCUCAGAGUCGGAAAACUCUUCUGGAGGGAGAAAUGUCACAUCCUAGAGGAAUUGUGGUCGAUCCUGUAAAUGGUUGGAUGUACUGGACAGACUGGGAGGAAGAUGAAAUAGAUGACAGCGUGGGAAGGAUUGAGAAGGCCUGGAUGGAUGGGAUCAAUCGGCAGAUUUUUGUGACUUCAAAGAUGCUGUGGCCAAACGGUUUAACUCUGGACUUUCACAUGAGCACAUUAUACUGGUGUGAUGCUUAUUAUGAUCAUAUUGAAAAAGUGUUUUUGAAUGGAACUCACAGGAAGAUUGUUUACAGUGGCAAAGAAUUGAACCAUCCUUUUGGACUGUCACAUCAUGGAAAUUAUGUGUUCUGGACUGACUAUAUGAAUGGUUCCAUUUUUCAACUAGACUUGAUAACGAGUGAAGUGACAUUACUGAGGCGUGAAAGGCCACCACUCUUUGGCCUUCAGAUAUAUGAUCCACGGAAGCAGCAAGGGGACAAUAUGUGCCGAGUGAAUAAUGGAGGCUGUAGUACUCUGUGCCUGGCUAUCCCAGGAGGCCGAGUAUGUGCUUGUGCAGAUAAUCAACUUUUGGAUGAAAAUGGAACAACUUGCACUGUUAAUCCUGAAGAAGUUUUACCUCACACAUGUAAAGAUGGAGAAUAUCGCUGCAGAAACAAAAGAUGUAUACAGGCUCGCUGGAAAUGUGAUGGGGAUGAUGACUGCCUAGAUGGAAGUGAUGAGGACUCAGUAAAUUGUUUCAAUCAUAGCUGUCCUGAUGAUCAGUUUAAAUGCAAGAAUAAUCGCUGUAUCCCCAAGAGAUGGCUUUGUGAUGGAGCUAAUGAUUGUGGAAACAAUGAAGAUGAAUCCAAUCAAACUUGCGCAGCCAGAACAUGCCAGGUGGACCAGUUUUCAUGUGGAAAUGGGCGCUGCAUUCCCCGAGCUUGGCUGUGUGAUAGAGAAGACGACUGUGGUGACCAGACAGAUGAAAUGACAUCUUGUGAAUUCCCAACUUGUGAGCCAUUAUCUCAAUUUAUAUGUACAAGUGGAAGAUGCAUUAGCAACAAAUGGCAGUGUGACUCUGAUGAUGACUGUGGGGAUGGAAGUGAUGAGGUUGGCUGUGUUCACUCAUGUUAUGAUAAUCAGUUCAGAUGUGCCAGUGGCAGAUGCAUCCCAGGCCAUUGGGCCUGUGAUGGUGACAAUGACUGUGGGGACUUCAGUGAUGAGACCCAAAUGAAUUGUACCAAAGAAGAGAUUAAUUCUCCUGCUGGUUGUAAUGGAAAUGAAUUUCAAUGCCACCCUGAUGGAAACUGCAUUCCUGAUCUGUGGCGCUGUGAUGGGGAAAAGGAUUGUGAAGAUGGUAGUGAUGAAAAAGGCUGCAAUGGGACUUUACGACUGUGUGAUCACAAAACCAAAUUUUCAUGUAGGAGCACAGGGAGAUGCAUCAACAAAGCCUGGGUGUGUGAUGGAGAUAUCGACUGUGAAGAUCAAUCAGAUGAAGAUGAUUGUGACAGUUUCAUGUGUGGUCCGCCCAAGUAUCCUUGUGCUAAUGACACCUCCGUGUGUCUGCAGCCUGAGAAACUCUGCAAUGGAAAAAGGGAUUGUCCUGAUGGAUCUGAUGAAGGAGAUCUCUGUGAUGAAUGUUCCCUGAACAAUGGGGGCUGUAGCAACCACUGUUCUGUUGUUCCUGGAAGAGGAAUUGUUUGUUCUUGCCCUGAAGGAUUUCGACUCAGCAAAGACAACAAAACAUGUGAAGUUAUGGAUUUUUGUAGCAAUCAUCGUAAGUGCAGUCAAGUAUGUGAGCAGCACAAGCAGAUAGUCAAGUGCUCGUGUUAUGAAGGUUGGAAACUUGAUGUGGAUGGUGAAAGCUGCAUCAGUAUUGAUUCUUUUGAAGCAUUCAUCAUCUUUUCUAUUCGUCAUGAGAUCAGAAGAAUUGAUCUUCAUAAAAGAGAUUAUAGUCUACUCGUUCCUGGACUAAGAAACACAAUAGCACUUGAUUUUCACUUCAAUCAAAGUUUACUCUAUUGGACAGAUGUUGUUGAGGACAGAAUAUACAGAGGAAAACUAUCUGAAAGUGGAGGUGUCAGUGCUAUUGAAGUGGUUGUAGAACAUGGCUUGGCUACACCAGAAGGAUUGACAGUUGACUGGAUAGCAGGCAACAUAUACUGGAUUGAUAGUAAUCUGGACCAAAUUGAAGUAGCCAAAUUAGAUGGGUCAUUAAGAACUACACUAAUAGCAGGAGCCAUGGAACAUCCCAGGGCUAUUGCUUUGGAUCCAAGAUAUGGAAUUCUUUUUUGGACAGAUUGGGAUGCUAAUUUUCCACGCAUCGAAUCUGCAUCUAUGAGUGGUGCUGGGAGAAAGACCAUCUACAAAGACAUGAAAACAGGGGCUUGGCCUAAUGGAUUGACCGUGGACCACUUUGAAAAAAGGAUAGUUUGGACAGAUGCCAGGUCAGAUGCUAUUUAUUCAGCCCUCUAUGAUGGAACAGGCAUGAUAGAAAUAAUUCGAGGUCAUGAAUAUCUUUCUCAUCCUUUUGCUGUAUCUCUCUAUGGGAGUGAAGUCUAUUGGACAGACUGGAGGACUAAUACUUUGUCCAAAGCCAAUAAGUGGACAGGCCAGAAUGUCAGUCUGAUUCAGAAAACCAGUGCACAACCAUUUGAUCUUCAAAUAUACCAUCCUAGCCGUCAGCCACAAGCUCCCAAUCCCUGUGCAGCUAAUGACGGCAAAGGGCCCUGUACUCACAUGUGUUUGAUCAAUCACAACCGGAGUGCAGCUUGUGCUUGUCCCCAUUUGAUGAAGCUGUCCUCUGACAAGAAGACCUGUUAUGAAAUGAAAAAAUUUCUUCUUUAUGCAAGACGCUCUGAAAUCAGAGGAGUGGAUAUUGAUAAUCCAUAUUUUAACUUUAUCACGGCCUUUACAGUACCUGAUAUUGAUGAUGUUACUGUACUAGACUUUGAUGCAUCUGAAGAACGUCUAUAUUGGACAGAUAUUAAAACACAAACUAUUAAGCGAGCUUUUAUUAAUGGAACUGGGUUAGAAACAGUUAUUUCUAGAGAUAUUCAGAGCAUCAAAGGGCUAGCUGUGGAUUGGAUCUCACGUAAUUUAUACUGGAUUAGCUCAGAAUUUGAUGAAACACAAAUUAAUGUGGCACGACUUGAUGGCUCAUUGAAAACCUCAAUUAUCCAUGGGAUCGAUAAACCACAGUGUCUUGCAGCUCACCCAGUCAGUGGAAAACUAUACUGGACAGAUGGAAACACAAUUAACAUGGCCAACAUGGAUGGCACUAAUAGCAAGAUUCUCUUUCAGAAUCAAAAAGAACCAAUUGGUCUAUCGAUAGACUAUGUGGAAAACAAGCUUUAUUGGAUCAGUUCUGGAAAUGGAACCAUAAAUAGAUGCAACAUGGAUGGUGGCAAUUUAGAAGUAAUAGAGUCAAUGAAAGAAGAAUUAACAAAAGCUACAGCCCUAACCAUCAUGGAUAAAAAACUCUGGUGGGCAGACCAAAGCUUAGCUCAGUUGGGAACAUGCAGCAAAAGAGAUGGAAGAAACCCCACUGUCCUACGAAAUAAGACAUCUGGGAUUGUUCAUAUGAAAGUGUAUGAUAAAGAAGCACAGCAAGGAAGCAAUUCCUGCCAACAAAAUAAUGGUGGAUGUUCUCAGCUCUGUUUGCCAACAUCUGAAACUACAAGGACUUGCAUGUGUACUUUAGGGUAUUAUCUCCAAAAGAAUCGCAUGUCUUGUCAAGGAAUAGAGUCAUUUCUUAUGUAUUCUGUCCAUGAAGGAAUCAGAGGAAUACCUCUGGAACCAAAUGACAAAGUGGAUGCUUUGAUGCCUAUAUCAGGAACUUCAUUUGCUGUGGGAAUAGAUUUCCAUGCAGGAAAUGAUACUAUCUACUGGACAGACAUGGGCUUCAAUAAGAUUAGCCGAGCUAAAAGAGAUCAGACUUGGAAAGAAGAUAUCAUUACCAAUGGCUUGGGGAGAGUCGAAGGGAUAGCUAUUGACUGGAUUGCUGGUAACAUAUAUUGGACAGAUCAUGGCUUCAACUUAAUUGAAGUUGCAAGACUAAAUGGCUCAUUUCGUUUUGUAAUCAUAUCUGAAGAUUUGGAUCAACCAAGAUCUAUAGCUGUACACCCAGAAAAGGGCUAUUUGUUCUGGACUGAAUGGGGACAGAUGCCCUGCAUUGGAAAGGCUCGCUUAGAUGGCUCAGAAAAGGUUGUCCUUGUAAGCAUGGGAAUAGUCUGGCCAAAUGGUAUCUCCAUUGACUAUGAGGAAAAUAAAUUGUACUGGUGUGAUGCUCGUACAGACAAGAUAGAAAGAAUUGACCUUGAGACUGGAGAGAACCGUGAGGUGGUGCUGUCAGGGAACAAUGUGGAUAUGUUUUCAGUUGCGGUCUUUGGGGCUUACAUCUACUGGUCUGACAGAGCACAUGCCAAUGGAUCCAUAAGAAGAGGCCACAAGAAUGAUGCCACAGACACAGUAACCAUGAGAACUGGUCUCGGAAUCAACCUGAAGGAGGUUAAGAUAUUUAACAGAGUCAGAGAGAAAGGCACCAAUGUCUGUGCCAAAAACAAUGGUGGAUGCCAGCAACUUUGUCUUUAUCGAGGAAGUGCCCAGAGAACUUGUGCAUGUGCUCAUGGAUAUUUGGCAGAGGAUGGAGUUUCUUGCUUAAGACAUGAAGGCUAUUUGCUAUAUUCAGGGAGAACAAUAUUAAAAAGCAUACAUCUUUCUGAUGAAACCAAUUUAAAUUCACCAAUAAGGCCAUAUGAGAAUCCACAUUAUUUCAAAAAUGUCAUAGCCUUGGCUUUUGACUAUAAUCAAAGAAGAAAAGGUACUAACCGAAUCUUCUACAGCGAUGCACAUUUUGGAAAUAUACAGCUUAUUAAAGAUAACUGGGAAGACCGGAAAGUAAUUGUUGAAAAUGUGGGUUCUGUUGAAGGACUUGCCUACCACAGAGCUUGGGAUACUUUAUACUGGACAAGCUCCACUACAUCAUCCAUCACCAGACACACAGUGGACCAGACCCGGCCUGGAGCAUUUGACAGAGAAGCUGUUAUUACUAUGUCAGAGGACGAUCACCCACAUGUACUAGCCCUGGAUGAAUGCCAAAAUUUGAUGUUUUGGACCAACUGGAAUGAACAACAUCCAAGUAUCAUGAGAUCUACCUUGACUGGGAAAAAUGCUCAAGUGGUGAUUAGUACAGAUAUACUCACCCCAAAUGGACUCACCAUUGACCAUCGUGCAGAGAAGCUGUAUUUCUCUGAUGGGAGCUUGGGAAAAAUUGAAAGGUGUGAAUAUGAUGGAUCCCAGAGACAUGUUAUUGUCAAAUCUGGUCCCGGGACUUUCCUUAGUUUGGCUGUAUAUAAUAAUUAUAUCUUCUGGUCAGACUGGGGAAGAAGAGCUAUCUUGCGUUCCAACAAGUACACAGGAGGAGAUACAAAAAUUCUUCGUUCUGAUAUUCCACAUCAACCAAUGGGAAUCAUAGCCGUUGCCAAUGAUACUAAUAGCUGUGAACUUUCUCCAUGUACAUUAUUGAAUGGAGGUUGCCAUGACCUGUGCCUUUUAACUCCUGAUGGGAGAGUAAAUUGUUCCUGUAGAGGGGAUAGGAUAUUAAUAGAUGGCAACAGAUGUGUGACUAAAAACUCCUCCUGCAACGUGUAUUCAGAGUUCGAAUGUGGAAAUGGUGAGUGCAUUGACUACCAGCUCACCUGCGAUGGUGUUCUUCAUUGUAAGGAUAAAUCAGAUGAAAAAUUGCUAUACUGCGAAAACCGAAGCUGCCGGAAAGGUUUUAAGCCCUGCUACAAUUGGCGUUGCAUUCCCCAUGGCAAGUUAUGUGAUGGUAAAAAUGACUGUGGAGACAACUCGGAUGAAUUAGAUUGCAAAGUUUCAACCUGUGCCUCUGUUGAGUUCCGCUGUGCAGAUGGGACAUGUAUUCCAAGAUCAGCACGGUGCAACCAGAAUAUAGAUUGUGCAGAUGCUUCAGAUGAAAAGAAUUGCAAUAAUACAGACUGCACACAUUUUUAUAAGCUUGGAGUGAAAACCACAGGGUUCAUAAGAUGUAAUUCUACCUCACUCUGUGUUCUGCCAACCUGGAUAUGUGAUGGAUCUAAUGACUGUGGAGAUUAUUCAGAUGAAUUAAAGUGCACAGUUCAAAACAAGCACAGAUGUGAAGAAAAUUAUUUUGGUUGUCCUAGUGGAAGGUGCAUUUUGAAUACUUGGGUAUGUGAUGGCCAGAAAGAUUGUGAGGAUGGAUUUGAUGAAUUCCACUGUGAUUCUUCAUGCUCUUGGAAUCAGUUUGCUUGUUCUGCAGAAAAAUGUAUUUCUAGACACUGGAUUUGUGAUGGAGAGGAUGAUUGUGGGGAUGGCUUAGAUGAAAGUGAUGGUGUUUGUGGUUCCAUCACCUGUGCUGCCGACAUGUUCAGUUGCCAGGGCUCCCAUGCCUGUGUGCCGAGACACUGGCUUUGUGAUGGAGAAAGAGACUGCCCGAAUGGAAGUGAUGAACUCUCCACAGCAGGCUGUGCUCCCAACAAUACAUGUGAUGAAAAUGCCUUCAUGUGUCAAAAUAAAGUAUGUGUUCCCAAGCAAUUUGUUUGUGAUCAUGACAAUGAUUGUGGCGAUGGCUCUGAUGAGUCACAACAGUGUGAAUAUCGGCACUGUAAUACAGAAGAAUUUAGGUGUUCUGAUGGACGAUGUCUUUUAAAUAAUCAAUGGCAGUGUGAUGGAGACUUUGACUGCCCUGACCAUUCUGAUGAAGCACCCUUAAAUCCCAAGUGCAAAAGUGCAGAACAGUCAUGCAACAGUUCAUUUUUUAUGUGCAAAAAUGGAAAGUGCAUCCCCAAGGGAAAUCUUUGUGACAAUAAAGAUGACUGUGGUGAUGGCUCGGAUGAGAGAAAUUGCCAUAUAAAUGAAUGUUUAAGUAAGAAAAUUAGUGGAUGUACUCAAGAUUGUCAGGAUCUUCCAGUAAGUUAUAAGUGCAAAUGCUGGCCUGGAUUCCAACUGAAGGAUGAUGGUAAAACGUGUGUAGACAUUGAUGAAUGCUCUUUGGGCUUUCCAUGCAGCCAGCAAUGCAUUAAUACAUAUGGAACCUACAAAUGUCUUUGUAUGGAUGGAUAUGAAAUAAACCCUGAUAAUCCAAAUGGCUGCAAAUCACUUUCCGAUGAAGAACCUUUUCUUAUUCUUGCUGAUCAUUAUGAAAUAAGGAAAAUCAGCACUGAUGGCUCCAAUUAUACACUUUUAAAACAGGGAUUAAAUAAUAUUGUUGCUAUAGAUUUUGAUUACAGAGAAGAAUUUAUCUAUUGGAUUGACUCUAGCAGACCCAAUGGCAGCCGCAUUAAUAGAAUGUGUUUAAAUGGAAGUGAUAUUAAGGUAGUACAUAACACAGCUGUUCCCAAUGCACUUGCUGUAGAUUGGAUUGGAAAAAACCUCUAUUGGUCUGACACAGAAAAAAGAAUUAUUGAAGUAUCCAAACUCAAUGGCUUGUAUCCUACUAUACUCGUCAGCAAAAGGCUGAAGUUUCCCAGAGACCUGUGUUUGGAUCCUCAAGCUGGGUACUUGUAUUGGAUUGACUGCUGUGAAUAUCCUCACAUUGGUCGUGUUGGAAUGGAUGGAACCAAUCAGAGUGUUGUCAUAGAAACAAAGGUUUCUAGACCUAUGGCAUUAACCAUAGAUUAUGUCAACCACAGACUAUAUUGGGCUGAUGAAAAUCACAUUGAAUUUAGCAACAUGGAUGGAUCUCAUAGAUAUAAAGUCCCUAAUCAAGAUAUUCCAGGGGUGAUUGCUCUAACACUGUUUGAAGACUACAUCUACUGGACUGAUGUGAAAACCAAGUCACUCAACCGUGCUCAUAAAACCUCUGGAGCAGACAGACUCUCACUGAUUAACUCAUGGCAUGCCAUCACAGAUAUCCAGGUGUAUCAUUCUUAUAGACAACCUGAUGUAUCCAAACAUCUCUGUAUGAUCAAUAAUGGAGGAUGUAGCCAUCUGUGUCUUUUGGCUCCAGAAAAAACACAUACUUGUGCUUGUCCCACAAACUUUUAUCUUGCAAAUGACAAUAGGACUUGUUUAUCCAACUGUACAGCCAGUCAGUUUCGUUGCAAAACGGAUAAAUGUAUUCCAUUCUGGUGGAAAUGUGACACUGUUGACGACUGUGGUGAUGGAUCAGAUGAGCCUGAUGACUGUCCUGAAUUUAAAUGUCAACCAGGGAGAUUUCAGUGUGGAACUGGUCUCUGUGCUUUGCCAGCAUUCAUUUGUGAUGGAGAAAAUGACUGCGGAGACAAUUCUGAUGAACUCAACUGUGACACCCACGUCUGUCUCUCAGGUCAAUUCAAGUGUACCAAGAACCAAAAAUGUAUCCCUAUAAACCUCAGAUGCAAUGGUCAAAAUGAUUGUGGAGAUGAAGAAGAUGAAAAGGAUUGUCCUGAAAACAGCUGUUCGCCAGACUAUUUCCAAUGUAAAUCUACCAAACAUUGCAUUUCCAAGCUGUGGGUUUGUGAUGAGGACCCAGACUGUGCAGAUGCAUCCGACGAGGCCAACUGUGAUAAAAAGACAUGUGGACCUCAUGAAUUUCAGUGUAAAAACAACAACUGUAUUCCAGAUCACUGGAGAUGUGAUAGUCAAAAUGACUGCAGCGAUAAUUCAGAUGAAGAAAACUGUAAACCACAAACAUGCACAAUGAAAGAUUUUCUUUGUGCCAAUGGCGAUUGCAUUUCUUCAAGGUUUUGGUGUGAUGGUGAUUUUGACUGUGCAGAUGGCUCUGAUGAGAGAUACUGUGAAGCAGGUUGUUCCAGAGAUCAGUUUCAGUGUUCCAAUGGUAAGUGCAUAUCAACAAAAUGGAAAUGUGAUGGUCACGAAGACUGUGUCUAUGGAGAAGAUGAGAAGAAUUGUGAGCCAGCUUCAUCUACUUGCUCAUCAAGUGAAUAUAUAUGUGCCUCUGGUGGAUGUAUUUCUGCAUCAUUGAAAUGUAAUGGAGAAUAUGAUUGUGCUGAUGGUUCUGAUGAGAUGGACUGUGUGACAGAAUGCAAGGAAGAUCAGUUUCGAUGCAGAAAUAAAGCCCACUGUAUUCCAAUUAGGUGGUUGUGUGAUGGAGUUCAUGACUGUGUGGAUGGCAGUGAUGAAGAGAACUGUGACAGAGGAGGAAAUAUAUGUAGAGUGGACGAGUUCCUUUGCAAUAAUACACUUUGCAAACUACUUUUCUGGGUGUGUGAUGGUGAAGAUGACUGUGGAGACAAUUCUGACGAAGCCCCUGAUAUGUGUGUCAAAUAUCAUUGCCCACCUACAAGACCCCAUAAAUGUAGAAACAACAGAAUUUGUCUACAAAAUGAGAAAAUCUGCAAUAUGAUUGAUGAUUGUGGUGAUAACUCUGAUGAAGAUCACUGUGAUGGAAAGCUUACAGCUAAAGCAAGACCUUGUAAAAAAGAUGAGUUUGCUUGCAGUAAUAAAAGAUGUAUCCCCAUGGACUUUCAAUGUGAUCGACUUGAUGACUGUGGAGAUGGUUCAGAUGAAGAAAGCUGCAGAAUAUUUCCUACUGAAUAUACCUGUGAAGAUAAUGUGAGCCCAUGUGGAGAUGAUGCAUAUUGUAAUCAAAUAAAAACAUCUGUUUUCUGUCGCUGUAAGCCUGGAUUUCAGAGAAACAUGAAAAACAGGCAGUGUGAAGACUUAAAUGAAUGUUUGGUUUUUGGCACGUGUCCUCAUCAAUGUAUAAAUAUAGAAGGAUCAUAUAAAUGUCUAUGUGACCAGAAUUUUCAAGAAAGAAAUAAUACCUGCAUAGCAAAAGGCACUGAAGAUCAAGUUCUCUACAUUGCUAAUGACACUGAUAUCAUGGGUUUUAUAUAUCCAUUCAACUACAGUGAUGAUCAUCAACAAAUUUCUCAUAUUGAACAUAAUUCAAGGAUAACAGGGAUGGAUGUAUAUUAUCAAAGAGAUAUGAUUAUUUGGAGUACUCAGUUUAAUCCAGGAGGAAUUUUCUACAAACAGAUUCAUGGAAGAGAAAAAAGGCAAGCAAACAGUGGCCUGAUUUGUCCUGAAUUUAAAAGACCCAGAGAUAUUGCAGUUGACUGGGUUGCUGGAAACAUUUAUUGGACAGAUCACUCUAGAAUGCACUGGUUCAGUUACUAUACUACACACUGGACAAGUCUGAGGUAUUCUAUCAAUGUAGGGCAGCUCAAUGGCCCCAACUGUACCAGACUCUUAACAAAUAUGGCGGGAGAGCCCUAUGCUAUUGCUGUAAAUCCUAAAAGAGGGAUGAUGUACUGGACUGUUGUUGGGGAUCACUCGCACAUAGAGGAAGCAGCCAUGGAUGGUACUCUAAGAAGAGUCUUAAUACAAAAGAAUUUGCAAAGACCCACAGGUCUUGCUGUGGACCUUUUUAGUGAACGGAUAUACUGGGCUGACCUUGAACUCUCUGUUAUUGGAAGUGUUCUGUAUGAUGGUUCUGAUUCAGUAGUUGCUGUCAGCAGCAAACAAGGUUUGUUACAUCCACAUAGGAUUGACGUCUUUGAAAAUUUUAUAUAUGGAGCAGGACCUAAAAAUGGAGUCUUUCGAGUACAAAAAUUUGGCCAUGGUUCAGUAGAAUAUCUAUCUUUAGAUGUUGAUAAAACAAAAAAUGUUUUAAUAUCUCAUCACUUUAAGCAACUAGAUUUACCAAAUCCAUGCUUGGACUUAGUGUGUGAAUUCCUCUGUUUGCUGAAUCCUUCUGGUGCCACCUGCUUAUGUCCAGAAGGAAAAUAUUUGAUUAAUGGUACCUGCAAUGAUGACAGCCUGUUAGAUGAUUCUUGCAAAUUAACGUGUGAAAAUGGAGGAAGAUGCAUUUUAAAUGAGAAGGGUGAUUUGAGGUGUCACUGUUGGCCUAGUUAUUCAGGAGAAAGGUGUGAAGUCAACCAUUGUAGCAACUACUGUCAAAAUGGAGGAACCUGCAUACCUUCAAUUCUGGGAAGACCCACUUGCAGUUGUGCACUGGGAUUCACUGGACCAAACUGUGAUAAGAUUGUAUGUGAAAAUUUUUGUCAGAAUGGAGGGACAUGCAGUGUAACUUCUGGGAACCAGCCACACUGCCACUGUCAGGCUGAACACACAGGAGACAGAUGCCAGUACUAUGUGUGUCACCACUACUGUGUCAAUUCUGAAUCUUGUACUAUUGGGGAUGAUGGAAAUGUUGAAUGUGUUUGUCCAACACGUUACGAAGGAUCAAAAUGUGAAGUUGACAAAUGUAUGAGGUGUCAUGGAGGACACUGCAUUAUAAAUAAAGACAAUGAAGAUAUUUUUUGCAACUGCACUAAUGGAAAGAUUGCUUCCAGCUGUCAGUUAUGUGAUGGUUACUGUUACAAUGGUGGCACAUGCCAGCUGGACCCUGAGACAAAUGUACCUGUAUGUCUAUGUUCCACCAACUGGUCAGGUACACAGUGUGAGAGACCAGCUCCGAAGAGCAGCAAAUCUGAUCAUAUCAGUACAAGAAGCAUUGCCAUAAUUGUGCCUCUUGUUCUCUUGGUGACUUUGAUAACUACCUUAGUAAUUGGUUUAGUGCUUUGUAAAAGAAAAAGAAGGACAAAAACAAUAAGAAGACAACCUAUUAUCAAUGGAGGGAUAAAUGUAGAAAUAGGCAAUCCAUCUUAUAAUAUGUAUGAAGUGGACCAUGAUCACAAUGAUGGAGGGCUUCUAGAUCCUGGCUUUAUGGUUGAUCCAACAAAGGCCAGGUAUAUAGGGGGAGGGCCCAGUGCAUUCAAGCUUCCCCACACAGCGCCGCCCAUCUACCUAAACUCUGAUUUGAAAGGACCACUGACAACUGGGCCUACAAAUUACUCCAAUCCAGUAUAUGCAAAAUUAUACCUGGACGGACAACACUGUCGAAACUCCUUAGGAAGUGUUGAUGAAAGGAAAGAACUGCUCCCAAAGAAAAUAGAAAUUGGGAUACGGGAGACAGUGGCAUAAUCAGUGAAAACUUUUAUAUGCUGUAUAAAUGUAUAAAAUAUGAGGAUUACUUUUGUAUGUUCCAACAGUAUUAUACUUGUUUUGGCAUCAGCAUUACCUCUUUAUCUUUUAUCCUGAUUGUUUUCUGAUUUUUAUUUUUUGCUGAUGACUAUUGAUUGACCAUUUGUAUGGUAUUUUUAUGAAAAAGAACUGCACUACAGUACAAUUUACAACAAUGCUGCUGAUAUGACACACCUUUGAAUUUAUUAAAAUACAAACAACAUAAUUUCUUUGUAGUGUGAAUAUGAGCAAUCUAUUUUAUAUGAACUUUUUGGGUUGUACUUAAUCAACAAAGAUAAUCUCUGCACUUUUUCAUUAUCCGGUCAAAAAGCAGAAAUAAAAUGUCUUUUUAUGUUUCUGUUUAAACUGAUGGAAGAAUUGUUAAGUGCUAAACUCUCUUCUUUGUGCCCAUUAAUAAUGAUUCAGACUGUUGAAAAUAUAUAGCCCUCCCUCACAAAGUAAGAAACAUCUGCUUUGAAAUGAGUCGUAGGUAGGCAAGAGAUAGGUAAGAAUUUUGAGGAAAUCUUUUAAAAAUACAUAAAUGAAUAAUUUGCAUGAACACAUAUGACUAUGUUUUCCAAAAUUUAGUGGACUUUAUGUGAUAUACUAAGUGUAUACACCUUGUAAACAAUAGUUAUAUUUAGGUGGUAGAACAUAGCAAAAAAAAUUUAACUGAGUGUGAAACAAAACAAAACCAGCUUGCUAUGGAAUAAGGUCCUUUGUUCUUCCUCAGUCCUGAGGUAAAUAGCGAGUUUAGAGCACAAAAGAGCAUUGGGGUAAUCAUAUCUUAUAAAAUUCUUCCCAAUCACAAGCAUUAACCCAAACCUUACCUUUACCUCAUGGAACAGUAAGAAUAUAAGCACACAAAUUGAUGGCUGAAUUUCAAAUAUGUAAAAGCAUUCUCUUUGCAAGGUCAAAAGGAAGAAACAAAACACCAUAGUAGUAAAAAAAAAUCAUUAAAGAUUUACAAUAUACAACAUGAAUAAUUAUUUUACCUAUCCAAAAUAAAUUCUCAAAGUGGAAUAUAAAUUUUGAACUAUCAUCUGCCCAUGAUCAAAGAUGAAGAGUACAAUUACUGACCAGUAAUGCUGGCAUUCUAGUUUGUUUGGGUUAUGCAAAAUAUGUGAACAAUUCUCACUCUUGUUUGUUUUCAGAUUUUGAUUAAAACAAGUGCAAAUUAUUUAUGUGGCAUAAAAAAUAGCAUUUUAUACAAAUAUCUUUAAAGGCACAAAAGAUUUAUUCACAAGUAUGGAGGGCUUUUUGUUCCUCUGAUAGACCUGACUGACUUUUAGCUCUCAUAAUGUAUUAACCUAACAGAUGAAAUAUGUUUGUGGUUGCUCUUUCUCCUUUGUACAAGCAUUAAAAAAACCUGCUGUUUUAUAAAAAGAGUUUUUGUUGUACUAUGUGCAUGCAUACUACCUAUUUCUAAACUUUGCCAUAUUGAGGCCUUUCUAAACUAUUG